GCGCCGCCCGGAACUGCCGCCCGCGGCCCGCGCUGCGCGGGGGGACCGCGCUGGCAGCGGACCUGCCUGGGCGCCUUCCUCCUCCUCCUCCUCCUCCUCCUCCUCCUCCUCCUCCUCGUUCUCGUCUCCGGCCAUGAGACUGGGGGAGAUCCCAAAGACUGGAAAAAGGCAGAUCUUAUCUUCGUAAAGGGCAAGAAGGACAAGCAAGAGAACUCCAGACUGGUCAGCCUCAUUCCUUCCUGCUGUGGAAGGAUAAGGAUCGUGGAGGAAGCCAUUUGUGGCAUAAGGAGUUUCCAUUCAACAGAGGGUUUAGCAGAGUCCUGGUUUGAGUGUGUGGGGUACUGACACUUGGAAGGCAUGCUCACAGAACAAAGAAAUGCAGGACAUAAUCUACCCACAGAUCUCAAGAGCAGCCUGAACAUUUAUCAGAGUUGAAGACACAGCAAUGGCUGCUACAGUGAACUUGGAACUGGAUCCCAUUUUUCUGAAAGCCCUGGGCUUUUUGCACUCAAAAAGUAAGGACUCUGCUGAAAAGCUGAAAGCGCUUCUUGAUGAGUCAUUGGCCAGAGGAACUGACUCCAGCUAUCGUCCCUCUCAGAAGGAAGUAGAGCAGCCAAAAGUAUCUGUCACCAAACCCAUUAAGCAAGAGCCUAAAGCUUCAUCAAGUUUGCCUUCUGGCAACAACAAUGGCAAGCCCACUGCUUCAGAAAAGGUGAAAAAAGAAACAGAAAAGAGAUCUGCAGAUAAAAUGAAAGGGGAUCCUGCUGAAGGAGCUGAUGCACCAAAGAAGCCCAGGGUAGAGAAGCAAGAGGCUCGUUCCUCUCCUAUUACAGUUCAGACAAGCAAGGAUUUAUCCAUGCCUGAUUUAUCUAGCUUUGAGGAAACCAGUGCUGAUGACUUUGCCAUGGAAAUGGGAUUAGCCUGUGUUGUUUGCAGGCAAAUGACAGUUACUUUUGUGAAUCAGCUAGUGGAGUGUCAGGAGUGCCAUAAUCUCUACCACCAGGAUUGCCAUAAACCUCAGGUGACAGACAAGGAAGUGAAUGAUCCUCGACUUGUCUGGUAUUGUGCCCGCUGUACCAGGCAGAUGAAGAGAAUGGCUCAGAAGACACAAAAACCACCUCAAAAACCAGCUCCUGCAGUGGUUUCAGUUGCACCAGCUUUGAAGGAUCCAUUGGUCAAGAAAGCAGAAAUCAAGUUAAAACCUGAGACCCCACCAGCUUUUCUGGCAUUCAAGAGAACAGAAGUCAAGACCUCAGCAGCAGUUUCGGGGAACUCUGCCAGUACAAGCGUUUCCUCUUCAGCAACGAGCGGCCUUACAGGAUGGGCUGCUUUUGCAGCCAAAACCUCCUCUGCCAACCCAUCCACUGCCAAACUGGGAUCCGCAGCGCAGAGUGCCAGCGGGAAACCUGCAGCUUCUUCAAACAACCAGAAAGCCGUGGGUUUGUCAGGGCUGGCGACUUCAAAGACAGGACUGGGGGCCAAAAUAGCUUCUGCCAACAACAACACAAACCCCGUUCAGCUGAAGCCUCCCCCGCCGCUCACCCUGGGCAAGACGACGCUGAGCCGCUCGGUGAGCAGCGACAACGUGAGCAAGGCGGGGCUGCCCAGCCCCGGCAGCGCCGCGCCCGGCACCGGCGGCCAGGCCGGCGGCAACGGCGGCGGCUCCGCGGGCAGCAGCGCCGGCAAAGCCGCGGCUGACACCGGCAGCCAGCCGGCAUCCCUGAAGGGCCCGACCUCGCAGGAGUCCCAGCUCAACGCCAUGAAACGGCUACAAAUGGUCAAGAAGAAGGCUGCUCAAAAGAAGCUCAAGAAAUAGCGUGGCCGCUUGGUGAUGUUGUGUUUGCGAGACAGCGGCGGCGGUGUUUUUCUUAAAGAAAAUCCCCCAGGUACUGGACUGAAGGAGGUUAAAUCAGGGAAGCCCAAACCUUAUGUAAUACAGAAGGUCGAAUUUUAAUAAUUCUGGUGUUCCUUCUGCCUUUCCAAAUCUGUGAACUGAAUAUGUUAGAGGAAUUCAUUAUUACAUGAAACUUGAAAUUAUAGAUGUCGGGUCUUUUUUAAUAUUAAAACCCCCACAUUUGUGUAGAUACUUAAUAAAUUGAACUUGCUGAAACCAUAAUUCUUAAAUGUUAAUAAUAAAAAGAUUAUUAAUCUGGGAA